GAGGGGCGACGAACCAGAGUAGAGAACGGAUGUUUGUGCUGCUGGAGCUUCUCAGGGACUAUCAACAGGGAGCGCAACCGACAACUGAGCUCAGAGCUGGGGGUAUGAGAGCUGUCAUAAUCCGCUCCCAUCCUCCUCUGGUCGGUCUCCUGUCCGACUGACAACCAUCGGAUCAGAAGCUCCACUAAACCAGCUGUCGGACGAACCCGAUAUCGUUGACACCUUGCAACCAUGGAGCUGAGAGUGGGGAACAAAUACCGGCUGGGGCGAAAGAUAGGUAGUGGAUCCUUUGGAGACAUUUACCUUGGUGCCAACAUUGCGACUGGUGAGGAGGUAGCCAUCAAGCUGGAAUGUGUGAAGACCAAACAUCCACAGUUGCACAUUGAAAGCAAGUUCUACAAGAUGAUGCAGGGAGGAGUUGGUAUUCCAUCGAUAAAAUGGUGCGGUGCGGAGGGAGACUACAACGUCAUGGUAAUGGAGCUACUUGGGCCCAGUCUGGAGGACCUUUUUAACUUCUGCUCCCGCAAGUUCAGCCUAAAGACUGUCCUGCUGUUGGCAGACCAGAUGAUUAGUCGCAUUGAGUACAUCCACUCCAAGAACUUCAUCCACAGAGACGUGAAGCCAGAUAACUUCCUUAUGGGUUUAGGGAAGAAGGGCAACCUGGUGUACAUUAUUGACUUUGGGCUGGCCAAAAAGUACCGCGAUGCCCGCACGCACCAGCACAUCCCUUACAGGGAGAACAAGAACCUGACCGGAACAGCGCGGUACGCCUCCAUCAACACACAUCUUGGAAUCGAGCAGUCGAGACGUGAUGACCUGGAGUCUCUCGGAUACGUCCUCAUGUACUUCAACCUGGGGUCCCUCCCCUGGCAGGGCCUCAAGGCUGCAACCAAGAGACAAAAGUAUGAGCGAAUCAGUGAGAAGAAAAUGUCCACACCUAUUGAAGUUCUUUGCAAAGGAUAUCCUUCGGAGUUCUCCACAUACCUGAAUUUUUGCCGCUCACUCCGUUUUGAUGACAAACCAGACUACUCCUACCUACGCCAACUUUUCAGGAAUCUUUUCCACCGACAGGGAUUCUCCUACGAUUACGUCUUCGAUUGGAACAUGCUCAAGUUUGGCGCCAGUCGGACAACUGAGGAUACGGAUCGUGAAAGGAGGACAGGAGAUGAGAAAGAUGAUCGGAUCGGAGGAGCCCCCAGGGGGUCUGCAUCACGGGGCCUCCCCUCAGGUCCCACUCCAGGCGCUCCCAACAGAGUCAGAAAUGGACCAGAGCAAGCCAUCUCAAACCCUGCAUCACGGGUCCAACAGUCUGGCAACACGUCACCUCGUGCAAUUUCUCGCGCUGAGCGAGAACGGAAGGUGAGCAUGCGUUUACACCGCGGGGCUCCUGCCAAUAUGUCGUCCUCUGACCUCACGGCCCGUCAAGACCAGUCAAGGAUUUCCACGUCGCAGGUCAGCGUGCCAUUUGAGCACAUGGGGAAGUGAAUUUCCUCAGCUCUUCAUGCACACAAAAAUGACAGGGCUGAAAGGAAUCUUUGUUACUAUCCCUUUCUUUCCCCCCAUUCAUUAUACAUUGUUUAUUGAAAAGCUGUUUGUUAAUGGACAUGCAGGUUUUUUGGAACAAGACAUUUAAAUGUUUCAAGGAUUCAGAAAAAUACAUAAAGGUAUUUUUACCUGGACCGCUCUUGCUAAACGUAGGAUCUCCACCACAAAACAAAUGACAAUGCUGCACCUUGACAGUUGCUCAUUCCUACAUGGUUAUUUUUUUUCCUCAGAACAUUCCCUUAAUACUUUGACAAAUGUGAAGAACUGUUGGCCUUGAAGGAGCAAAAGAAGAUUUCAGGGACAUGCAUGUUUUAUUUUAUUUUUUUAUCAAAGGUUGAUGCAGGCCUAGUCAUUUUUCCUUGUUUUUCAGUUUUUAGUACAGCAAUAUACCUUAAUUGUUCAUGAAGGUAUAUUAAAUUGAAGGUUGAGUUUCGUUUUUGUUUUUUAUUUUUAAAUUUUUUUUUUUUAACUUUUUAAAAUUUGAAAGCUAAAUAGGAGGCGGCAUGUAGAUUAGAAGGUGGCGACCAGAAAGGGAACUGAAGAGGAUGAGUAAGUGAUGUUUUAGCCGUUGUAAUGUUCCUGUUGAAGUAGCUGGUAACUGCUUUCCCCGUAUCCACCUAGACAAAAUUUCUCGGCACAUCUCCCUCAAGUUUGACUUUUUUCUUUGAUUUUAAAUCUUUGACGGGAAGGUAAAGUAGGAUUGUGGAAUUUCGAAGGACUCACUCCCAAGUCUUGAGAGAAGCUCCUCAGGAAAACAUCUCAGCAUACUGAUAUUUGACCUGAGACCACAGCUGCCCGUUUUGGCUUACAAACAGGGGAUGCAAUUUUUAUAUUUCUUAAAGUUACCUUUUUUAUUCUUUUGUUAUUUGGGGCUUUGGAGGAGGGGUCAGUCACUGUUGGGAAUAACAUGCGGGUGGGCUGGGGGCAUCAAAUUAUUAUUUUUUUGGUUUACUCCACUGUAAAUAUUUUUUAUUUCAUUGUAAAGCCAAAUGUGGUUAUUGUAAAGGUGUAAAGUAGAAAAAUGCAUACUAAUGCUAGGAUGUUGAAUCAGAAGUCAUAAACUCGGAGAUAAGCAACUGUUGCCUUGUCAGCUGGGUCGUCCAACAGGUGUGAAUGAGUGCCACCGUAAAACUUCUACGGUCAAUAAAGUUGCUUUGUCUGCUUUUUACCUUACAUCUUUUAUUUCCUACCCUGUUCUGGUAUAUCUGGGAUAUUCUCAUCUAUUCCCCAAAUACCACCCAAUAUUUCAGACUCAAUAAUCCUGUUUCAGAAAACUAUUUUUUUUUUAUUUGAUGCUACCUUCUCUUUAUUUACCCCCUCACCAACUCUGUCAUUAGAUGCAUCUGCUUGUGUGUGUGUGUGUGUGUGUUUAUGUACAUGUUUAUGAGUUGCUCUGUGUAUAGUUACCAUUGUACAGGCCACCAUGACCCAGUGGCAUUCCAGUUGUAGAUUUGAGAAUGAUAUAAAAGAGGACAACGCAAGAGGUAUUUCACAUUGUGUAUUGUGUACUGAUAUCCUGUACAGUUCUUCAACACUAUUUACAGUAUUUGUGUAUAUUUUAUGAAGUAAUAAAAUUGAUAAUGUUGCUGACAA